AUGUCGAUUGCGGAGGACCUGGUUCUUCGCGAUAUUGAGCAUCCAUCUGUACUGAAGCUACAAGCUCUUGUGCUCGUCGUCAAGUAUAAAACGUAUGUCAAGCAGUUCGCUAGUGCUUUUAUGCUGUUCGGCCUAGCUGCGAGGUCCGCAUUCGGCCUACGGCUCAACUAUGAAAGUUCUGGUUUAUGCUUCCUCGCUCAAGAAUCUCGAAGGCGCUUAAUGUGGUCCCUCUAUAUCAUUGACAGCGGACUUGCUGGUGGUUUACGCGACUUUGUGCUCUGCUCUGAGACAGCGCUUCAUCUACGUAUGCCCUGUCGCGACCGAAGCUUUGAGCUUGAUGCUCCCGAGCUAGAGGACAACGAGGACACCGAAAAUGCUCGCCCUACUAUCAAACAUAAAGGGUCACUAACUUUAUACAUACAAAUUAUGAUGUUGAGGUCAAAAAUCCUCUACCAAACCAAGGAUAUAUUGCGAGCCCGUGUUGAAGAUGCUAAGCACAUUGUACUUCUGGUCAAGCGACUUGAGCACGAUAUUGACUCUUUCUGUAAGGACUUGCCGCCCGACUAUCACUUCUCAGAGAAGAAUCUAAGACUUCGUGCGUAUGCCGGAAGGUUACCUCGCUAUGUCGUCAUUCAUAUCUGGCUUCACCAAUGUUACUGCGAUCUCUACCGUUUGCUACUUACGGGCCUGCGAGAAGCUCUUCCUGCUUCGAAGGUUGAAAUCUUGCCUAACGAGUUUGUGCAGGACUGUCAGAGAAAAUGUAUGGACCGUGCUCGGGCAAUAUCCAAUAUUCUCGGCUCGUUGAUGACAUUAGAGAGAUAUCUACCACUUUUUGAUCUUGACAUGAAUAUUUGUGCCUACCAAGCUGCGAGGUUAUUGUUCUAUGGUCGUCGAAGGGAGCCGCUGCACCGAGCGUCAUCAUCAGGUACUACUAUGGCAGAUGUGGAGAAAUGCUUGUCAUUCACAGCUCUCGCAGCGUCCCGAUCGCUCGCGUUCAGAUCGAUACAUGAUGACAUGAAGGCACUUUUCGAAACCGGUCAGUCCUCCGAUGUAUCUCCCAGCGGCUCUGCAAGCCCUUCGAGCAGGCCUAUGUGUGAGAAGGGUGGAAAGCAAGACGUACACGCAUCUCAAGUCAUGUCCAGGCACAGUCUUAUCCGUCAGUCAGGCAUCGUGGAUGAUAGCGACAAUCUUGGUAUGCUACCUGCCGAGCACAAUAUGGUCACGUCGCUACAGGCACCACCAUUGGCUAUGGCAGAGACCCUAGCCUCUGGACCGCCAGCAACUAAUGCGGAAAGUGCUUUCACGAGCUUCGAGCCAUCACAGCUCGACGAACAAGAAAAUGCCUUCCAGUGCGCGAUGGAUAUUUGGAAUCCUGACACCAACACGCAAUCUUCUGCAUACAACCACAUCGACUGGCUUCAGAAUGAUUGGUCAGAUCCUGCUUGGCAAUAUGAUUGGACAAUGUUCUCGACAAAUCAGCUGCACAAAACGUAA